AUGGCUGAGGUGGACGACCUGAGCGACGUCUUCGGCGAGAACUCCUUCACGAAUGCCAUCCCGCGUCCUGGCACCGCACGUGUCGCGAAGGAGCGGAUGCGCAGCCAGCGCAUUCCAGGCAGUGUCCCAUGGCCGACCAGCAUGAAUGACACCAUCCUCCGCAACGUCGAGGCCGCGCUCCCUCAGGCGCGCCCGUUUCAAGAGGAGAUUCUCGAGAAGCUGAACAUCAACAGCGGCAACUCCAUUGUCGCCGCAGGCGACGAGAAUGUUCUGAUUCGCACCCCGAGCGACAACGGCGCUUCCCUCGCCGUCAUCAUCCACAUGCUGCUCACGAUCAAACCGAUCGUCGACACCCUCCCUCCAAUCACUGGCCGCAUGGUCCACCCAACUCUGGCUAUCGCCGUGACCGAUACAUGGGAAGCCGCUGACAGGCUGUUCGCGUGGGCGCGCGAUUUUUUGUCAGGCACGAACAUCUUCGUUGGUCUGUGGCACGGUAAAUCGGACCGGUCUCGCGAUGGCCCAGGCGACAUCGACGCCCAGCACAUCCUCAUCACCACCGCUGGCAUGUUUAAGACCAAAUUCCAGCGCCAGGAGCUUGAUACUCGCCAGCUCCGCAUUGUGGCCAUUCUUAAUGGUGACCGUGUGCUCGGUGACGAGGGCCAUCAAAUCCCUUCACUUCACCGAGGCGGUGAGUUCAGUACAUCCGGGGGCAUAAUUGCGCUCGAUUGCAAGCAUGAUGAUCACGUCAAGGACGGCAUCCUCGCCGCCGUCAACCAGGCGAGAGACAAGAAUUUGGAUGUCCAGGUAAUUGUCAAGGUCAGCCAUGGCAGUCCAUCCCAGAAGGUCGAGGAGGAGUUGCGGGCACUGAUGGGCCUGGAGGACACUGCUGCCCCCCGCGAGCUCGUAGGUGGUUCUCGCACAGUCAACAACCGCCAAACCUUCAUCAAGUACACAUCCCACUCACCCAAGGAGGGUUCAACCAAGGAGCUCAAUGCACUCCUGGACCGCAUCUGCACAUACAUCAAGGAGACUUUCUUCACUGGCGAUGCCGAGAAAGAUGAAAACCCAGGCCGUUGCCUCAUCGCCGUCAGCCGCGUCCACAUGGUGGAUACGAUCCACUCUGCUCUCACCAAAUUCUUGCAACAGGGGGAUGGAGUCACGGAGGAGGAUGCUACCAGCAUGGUCGGCAAGUGGCACAGUGGUACAAUCGACUCGGAUGCUGCUGCUGCUGGCCUACAGUGGCGUGGUGGCAGUGGACUUGACAAGUUCAACGAUCCCACAUCUAACAUGCUCUUCCUGGUGGCGACUCCCGCCAUCGGCAGUAUCAAUCUGCCCACCGCCACCAAGAUCCUUAUUGCCAAAGUCCCAGACUCUAUCCACGGUUCGGACAAGGCCGCGAGAACGAUGAUGCUAGAUGCGACGAUCGGACGCGACGGCGUCCCGUGCGACGUUACGAUUCUCGUCGAUAACAGGUGGGAUCGCAAUGUCAUCGAAGAGAUGGAGGCGCUUUACAAGGAACAUGAAGUUAUUCCGCCUUCGUCCCUCCAGCGCGGUCCACACCAGCAGCUUGCCCGCAUGCCGCGUAAGGCUCCUCCCCCCAACACCAAGGCGGAUCGCGAGGUCGUCAACAAGAAGAAGGCGCUUGACAAGGCAAAGGACGUUACCCCACCCUCGUCUCUCCAGCAGGCUCCACACCGGAAGCUUUCCCGCAAAUCGCGUGAGGCUCCUCCCCCCGACACCGAGGCGGAUCGCGAGGUCAUCAACGAGAAGAAGGCGCUUGACAAGGCAAAGGACGUUACCCCACCCUCGUCUUCGCGCAUGGCUACCCUGCUAGACGGAAAUUGGGGUUUGCAGAAACCUCCACAACAGCAGAUUGUUCUCGCCUCGCGCGAGCUCCCUCCAACCGACCCGGCAGAUAUUCCAUCGUCGCCACCUGAGUCUGUGGGCCCUUCUACCCUUCAAGCCAACCGCAACGUCAUCGCAACCAUUCCCGAGGUCAUUGCAGAGACCGUCCACGGAGGCGUUGAGGACUUCAUUCGCACAACUGACGUCGCGGGAGUCCCAUUUACGGUAUCAAUCGUGUCGACCGAGAAGCUCUACCUGGCUGGCAACUUCUUGAAUGCAGGUCAGGCGUGGGAGCCCGUGUUGAUGGAGCAGGAGUUCGGUGAUACGGCGGGCGAGACCAAGUCCACCAAGGCGCUCGUUGAGCCUCCAGGCACGUAUCAGUUCAAGUUCGUGACGGAGGGUGGCGUUUGGUUCGUCAACCCGAGCGAGCCCGUGGUGGUUGACGAUGUCGGCAACGAGAACAAUCAGGUCGUGGUCUCGGUCAAGGACGAGUACAUGAUGAGCGGCGGGCUUGGCGAGCAGGUGUAG